CACAAGAAGGGCGCAGGCAGCUCCAUCUCCAUCUUGGAGCAGGAGGUAGCAGUUGUGGAGCAGAUCCAGCAGCUCUUCCCUGAGUUCAAGGACACCCCUAUUUACAAUGACGAGGCAGACCCUUUGGUGGGCUGGUCACUGCCACAACCUUGGAGAGCUGAUGUGACUUAUGCGGCUUUGGUGGUGAAGGUCAUUGCACAGCACCAGAACCUGCUGCUUGCUAAUAGCAGUUCCUCCAUGCGCUACGUGCUCCUGAGCAAUGACAAUGCCUUCCUGAGCUACCACCCGCACCCUUUCUCCCAGCGCACACUUACUGCCCGCUUCCAGGUCAACAAUACUCACCCACCCCAUGUGCAGCUCCUGCGAAAGCCAGUCCUCACAGUCAUGGGGCUGAUGGCCCUGCUGGAUGGAGAACAACUCUGGGCAGAGGUGUCAGAGGCUGGGGCUGUGUUGGACAGCAAUCACACAGUGGGUGUCCUGGCCAGCAUCCAUCGCCCCGAAGUCUCCUCGGAGGCCUGGCAUACCACGGUCCUGAUCUAUGCUAGUGAUGACACCCAUGAACACCUCAACCGCAGUAUCCCCGUGACUCUUCACCUUCGCGGGGUACCCCCUGGAUUGGGGCUUGUCUAUGUAGUACGCUACCUAGACAAUCAACUCUGCAGCCCCUACAGUGAGUGGCAACAGAUGGGUCAGCCAGUCUUCCCCUCUGCAGAGCAGUUCCGACGUAUGCGCAUGGUGGAG